AUGGGAGACAAGCCUUCUGGGGAUAUCUCAGCGGUUACUGCUCACACCAACAUGCUGCAACAAGUCUUCGGCAGCAAUAUUGCAUCGGAUUCUCUACUCUACAGCUACAAAAGAAGUUUCAAUGGAUUUGUAGUGAAGCUAACAGAGGAGGAAAUGAAGGAAUUGGAGGGAAUGGAUGGUGUGGUCUCCAUUUUCCCUAAUGAGAAGAAAAAGCUCCACACAACAAGGUCAUGGGAUUUCAUUGGGUUUCCCCAACAAGUUAACAGAACAAGUGUUGAAAGCGAUGUUAUCAUCGCAGUACUUGACACCGGAAUAUGGCCGGAGUCUGACAGCUUCAAAGAUAAAGGAUUUGGUCCACCGCCUAGCAAAUGGAAGGGCAUUUGCCAGGGCUUAUCCAAUUUCACUUGCAACAAUAAAAUCAUCGGGGCUAGGUACUAUCGGAGCUAUGGAGAAUUUAGCCCAGAAGAUUUGCAAACCCCAAGAGAUUCAGAAGGCCAUGGGACACACACUGCAUCCACUGCAGCUGGGGGCCUAGUUAGCAUGGCAAGCCUGUUGGGCUUUGGCUUAGGGACUGCUCGGGGUGGGGUUCCAUCAGCUCGUAUAGCUGUGUAUAAGAUAUGUUGGUCUGAUGGCUGUGCUGAUGCUGAUAUCCUUGCAGCCUUUGACGAUGCAAUUGCUGAUGGGGUUGACAUAAUCUCUCUUUCAGUUGGGGGUUCCACUCCCAAGAAUUAUUUUGCAGAUUCAAUUGCAAUUGGAGCUUUUCAUGCAAUGAAAAAUGGGAUACUAACAUCAACUUCUGCUGGUAACGACGGACCCAACUUUGCUUCCAUCACAAAUUUCUCGCCAUGGUCUCUUUCUGUGGCUGCUAGCACCAUAGACCGGAAGUUUUUUACCAAGGUGCAACUAGGUGACAGUAAGGUUUAUGAGGGAAUUUCAAUAAACACAUUUGAGCCCAAUGGCAUGUAUCCUUUUAUUUAUGGUGGGGACGCACCGAAUAUUACAGGAGGUUUUAGUGCCAACACAUCCAGGUUUUGCACUAGGAACUCGUUGGACCCCAAUUUAGUCAAGGGUAAAAUUGUUCUUUGCGACAUAUUUAGCAACGGGACAGGUGCAUUCUUGGCAGGUGCAGUUGGGACGGUGAUGGCGGAUAGAGGAGCCAAAGAUUCUGCCUGGCCUUUUCCUUUGCCUGCAUCUUACCUUGGCGCACAGGAUGGUAGCAGUAUUGCCUACUAUGUAACAUCAACAAGUAACCCAACGGCAUCCAUAUUGAAGAGCACUGAGGUCAAUGACACAUUGGCUCCAUUUAUAGUCUCCUUCUCAUCAAGGGGUCCAAACCCAGCUACACUAGACAUUCUCAAGCCGGAUUUAGCUGCCCCCGGAGUCCAUAUUCUGGCUGCAUGGCCACCAAUUUCUCCAAUUUCUGGGGUACAAGGUGAUACUCGAGCAGUGCUGUACACUAUGCAAUCUGGCACAUCUAUGGCUUGCCCACAUGCUACUGGAGCAGCAGCCUACAUCAAGUCAUUUCAUCCCACCUGGUCUCCUGCUGCUAUUAAGUCUGCUCUUAUGACUACUGGUAAUGCCUAUGGUAUUAAUAGUAUUUAAUCUCUCCCCUCUGUGUGUUUGUGAGCAGCUCUUCCCAUGAGCGCUGAAAAAAAUCCGGAUGCAGAAUUCGCAUAUGGCGCAGGCCAGAUAGAUCCUUUAAAGUCUGUAAACCCUGGUUUGGUAUAUGAUGCUGAUAAGAUUGACUAUGUAAAAUUUUUGUGUGGGCAAGGUUAUACUACCCAGACCCUACAACUCGUUACUGGGGAUAACAGCGUCUGCUCUGAAGCCACAAAUGGAACUGUCUGGGAUCUAAAUUACCCUUCCUUUGCUCUCUCCAGCUCCACCUUUGAAUCUAUAACUGGUGUGUUCACCAGGACUGUCACAAAUGUUGGGUCGCCCGUAUCCACAUAUAAAGCUACUGUGACGGGUGCCCCAAUUGGACUUCAAAUCCAAGUUGUUCCAGACAUUUUAUCAUUCACAUCGCUCGGGCAGAAGCUGUCCUUUGUGUUGAAGGUUGAAGGAAAGGUAGGUGACAACAUAGUCUCUGCUUCUUUGGUGUGGGAUGAUGGUGUACAUCAAGUGAGGAGCCCCAUUGUUGUGUUUGUUGUCGCGACAAAUUGAAGAAUACAAAUGCCU